AUGUCGAAAACAGUUGUGAAGUUACAGACACUCCUGUUAGGGUUUCUCUUCCUCAUAUAUGUUCUUCAUGUGCUUCGAGGUGGAUCUCUUGCUGGAGAUCUCUUGAUAGGAAGGAAGCUCACAUCUCGGGUUGAAACAACAAAUGUAGCGACUCGAUCAUUGAAAGAUUCAGUUUCAUCAACAGAUUUAGAAAGAGAGGUGGAUCACUUAAUGAGGCACGAGUAUCCCUCACCAGUAAAUCCGAAGAAAAGAAGUCCGGUUCACAAUUGA